AUGGGAAUGGGCUAUGAAAAGAUACAUGCUUGUCCUAAUGAUUGCAUAUUAUACAGGGAAGAGUAUGCUAAUCUUAGUGAGUGUCCAAAAUACGGAUCUUCACGAUAUAAAGUGAAAAAGCACAAAGAUAGUGAUGAUGGCGAUGCUAAUGAGACAACUAAAGGGCAACCUUUGAAGGUACUAUGGUAUCUUCUGAUAAUACCACGAUUCAAAAGGUUGUUUGCUAAUGCAACAGAGGUAAAAAAGAUGACAUGGCACAUUGAUGAGAAAAUAUUAGAUGGAAAAUAUCUUAGGUACCCUGCUGAUUCUCCCCAAUGGAAGAAAAUAGAUGAAAUGUAUCCAAAAUUUGGUAGUGAUCCAAGAAAUCUUUGUCUUGGGCUUUGUACAGAUGGAGUUAAUCCUUACGGUACUCUCAAUAGCACACAUAGUGCAUGGCCAGUUUUGCUUGUGAUUUACAACUUACCUCCCUGGUUAUGCAUGAAGCACAAAUAUAUGAUGUUGUCUAUGAUGAUAUCAGGACCAAAACAGCCAGGGAACAAUAUUAAUGUCUACUUGGCACCUUUGAUUAAGGACUUGAAGAAAUUAUGGGAGGAAGGCGUAGAUGUGUUCGAUGAACAUAAACAAGAGUCCUUUAAGCUGCAUGCAAUUAUCUUCACGGCGAUAAAUGAUUUUCCUGCCUAUGAAAACUUGUCAGGAUACAGUGUAAAUGGACAUAGAACAUGUCCUAUAUGUGAAGCGGACACACACUACCACCAACUUAAACAUGGAAGGAAAACAGUUUAUCUUGGUCAUAGGAGGUUUCUUGAUCGAUUCCAGCCAUACCGUAGAUUGAAAACGGUUUUUAAUGGUACACCAGAACAUGGAUUGGCUCCGAAGCCAUUAACUGGAGAGGAAGUUUAUCGUAAAGUGGAAAGAAUUGAUAUCAUGUUUGGUAAGAAUAAAAAGAUUGUAGGUGAGAAGAACAUUUGGAAAAAAAAGUUCAUAUUCUUUGAUCUUCCAUAUUGGUGUAAUCUUGAUGUUAGACACAGUCUUGAUAUGAUGCAUCUGGAGAAAAACAUUUGUGAUAGCCUUAUUGGUACUCUUUUGCACAUACCAGGAAAAACUAAGGAUGGAAUCAAUGCUAGAUUAGACUUGGUUGAAAUAGGAAUAAGAGAACGGUUACAUCCGCAACUAAAAGAGAGUGGUAAGAGGGUUUAUUUGGAGCUAGCAGCACACACAUUAUCGAAAGCAGAGAAAACUAGCUUGUGCCGAUGUUUGCAUAACAUUAAGGUGCCACAGGGUUAUUCUUCUAAUAUGAAAAAGCAUGUCUCGAUGGAUGAUUUAAAGUUAGUUGGGAUGAAAUCUCAUGAUUAUCAUGUAUUGAUGCAGCAACUAUUACCAGUGGUUAUUCGAGGUAUUAUGAAAGAUGAUGUGAGAAACACGAUAACUAAACUGUGUAUUUUUUUCAAUGCUAUUUGCAGCAAAGUUAUUGACACUGAAAAGUUAGAUGAAUUGGAAAAAGAGGGUUAUGUUAUUCUGUGUCAACUAGAAAUGUAUUUUCCACCAGUAUUUUUUGAUAUCAUGGUAUAUUUGAUAGUGCAUUUAGUAAGAGAGGUAAGACUCUGUGGCCCUGUAUAUCUAAGAUGGAUGUAUCAAUUUGAGAGAUUCAUGAAAGUCUUAAAGGGUUAUUCUAAGAAUCCUUAUCGACUUGAGGCAUCAAUUGUUGAAAGAUAUGUAGCUAAAGAGGCCAUAGACUUUUGCAAAGGAUAUCUAUCUGGAGUGGAAGCACAAGCUUGA